AACUCUCUCUCCCCCUCUCUCCAGAAGCCUGGGAGAUUGAUUAUUAUUAUUAACCCCCGGGUAAAAUGGGUUCACUGCCAGCGCAGUUUACCCUCGGCCGGUGGAUUACUGCUCCCUGCCAGGUCGGAUCGUUGGUAAAGUGCGCUGGACAGUUCAUGAGAUGCGCCCAUCCCUCUUCCUUUUGCCCUUUCUCUUGAUCUUCGGAUUAGGGCCUAUUUUUAAUCCCCCAAAUCUUAAUUUACUCAACAAACUGAAAUUAGAAAGUAGAGAGAGAGAGAGAGAGAGAUUUGAUUGCUACUAGUAUAUUCUUGUAUAAAUAUCAGGGAACGGUUAGAUUUGCAGAGAUAUAGCGAGAGAUCAGAAGAAAGAAACACUGGGUUUGGAGAAAAGUCCCUUUCUUGCUUUCUUGUUAGUAUACAGGGAGAUUAGAUUUAGGGGAUAUAGAGAGAGUGAGAUCUCUUCCAUUUUAGUCCUAAUUUGACUUUAUUAUUAAGGCCCAGCUUGUAGAGAAUCAAGAGACUUUUUGGGGUUAACAGAUCACCAAUCAACAAGAACUGUAAUGGAAUCUACCACGAGCUUUUCACAGAACAAAGAUGAUGAGUACGAGAAAUUCAUUAAAAGAAUGAAUCCACCGAGAGUUGUAGUCGAUAAUGACUACUGCAAAAAUGCAACUGUUGUUCAGGUGGACAGUGCUAACAAACAUGGAAUACUUUUGGAAGUGGUUCAAGUCCUCACUGAUCUUAAUCUCAUCAUCACUAAAGCUUAUAUUUCGUCGGAUGGAGGCUGGUUCAUGGAUGUGUUCAAUGUAACUGAUCAAACUGGGAACAAGAUUACAGAUGAAGAGGUUCUGGAUUAUAUUCAGAAGUCUCUUGGACCAGAUUCGUGCUUUACUUCUUCUGUCAGAAGAUCUGUUGGGGUUAAACCGUCAAUGGACCACACUUCAAUUGAACUCAUAGGAACUGACAGGCCGGGAUUACUUUCUGAAGUGAGUGCUGUUCUUACUGACCUUAGAUGCAAUGUCGUAAACGCUGAGGUGUGGACUCACAACACUCGGGCUGCAGCCGUGAUGCAAGUCACAGAUGAGGAAACUAGAGGUGCAAUUACUGAUCCGGAGAGGCUCUCCAUGAUCAAGCAACUCCUCUGCAAUGUGCUCAAAGGUAGCAACAUUUCCAGAGAAGUCAAGACUGUUGUGUCUCAUGGAAUUACCCAUACCGAAAGAAGGCUUCACCAGCUGAUGUUUGCUGACCGGGACUAUGAAAGACCUGCCAAUGAAGCCUUAGAUGAAAAGCAAAGACCUGAAGUUAAUGUUGUUAAUUGGAAUGACAGAGACUACUCAGUAGUUACUAUCAGGUGUAAGGAUAGACCGAAACUUCUUUUCGACACAGUUUGCACUUUGACAGACAUGCAAUAUGUUGUUUUCCAUGGACAUGUCGAUGCUGAGGGGCCAGAAGCUUAUCAGGAAUACUGUAUCAGACAUAUUGAUGGUUCCCCGCUUAACUCCGUGCCGGAGAGAGAGCGGCUGAUUCAUUGUCUUGAAGCAGCAAUAGAAAGAAGAGUAUCUGAGGGGUUGAAACUGGAACUAUGCACAACUGACAGAGUAGGGCUGCUAUCUGACGUCACUCGCAUCUUCCGUGAGAAUAGCCUCUCAGUGACCAGAGCAGAAGUGACAACUAGAGCAGGCAAAGCCGUUAACACAUUUUACGUGCGGGAGGCAUCAGGGUACCCUGUUGAUGCCAAGAUAAUCGAUUCCAUUCGGCAAGAAAUUGGCCAGACCAUACUGCAGGUGAAAGGCAGCCUUGAAGAAGUGAGCCAAUCUCCACAAGAAUCACCAACCAGGUUCCUCUUUGGCAGUUUCUUCAAAUCCAGAUCUUUUUGUAAUUUUGGCUUGGUUAAGUCCUACUCUUAGAGCCUAAUCGUGGCUUGGUUAAGUCCUACUUCUUUAGUAGUAGGAUGUGUUGUGACCCAGGAAGAUAGGUGCGAAAGCCCCUUCUUCCCAGGAUGUGAAGGUAGACUUAAAAGAAUGAAGUGCCUGUAAAUAUCUCCCAUUUGCGUUUGCCUUAGCCUUAUUUGUUAGUGUGAAUCCAACGCCACGUUGGAUCUCCCCACAAAGCCCGCUUCAUUUGGGCUGCAAUAUGCUUUCAGAGCAAAAUAGUUGUACAUCGUAGCUCCUAAUGUUAUGGCCUUAUAUUCUAGUCAAAUCUCUUCAUUUUGUUU